AAAGCAUUCACGGAUUACACGACGGAUGUGAUCGGCGGCGUAUCGCUGGGUUUCGUGGGGGAGGCGACGCUGUCGGGUCGCGGCCCUCUGCGCACCGUCACCCAGCAGUUCAUGGACUAUGACUUUUUCCGUGGCGUCAGCUGGGUACUGUUGUUCUUCUGGCCCUCGUGGGCUAAUUUCUUCGGAUUAACCGCAUUCCCUAAAAAUUCCAUAGACAUAUUGACGCGAGUGUACCAGACCGCACUGGUGCAGCGCGGGGGCUAUGAGACCGAAGUGAAGGAGACCAGAGACCUGCUCGAUGCUCUCAUAAAGAUCAAACAGGACUGCGCCAGAGACAAUGAAGAUAUGCCAGAUGAAAAAUUGCUAGCCCACGCGGCGGUGUUCGUGCAGGGUGGGUUUGAUACCACCGCCAGUAUUCUCAGCUGGUGCAUCUACGAACUUGCAUUCCGUACGGAAAUACAGGACAACAUGUACAUGGAACUUGUCGAUUUACAAAAAGAUAAGGAAGAACUGAAAGAUAUUGAUCUCGGUAGUCUAUCUAACUUGAGUUACUUGAACGCUGUUAUAGACGGUCGCCGGUUCGCAUUAAUUAACCUCCGUUGUGCCGUGGCGUACAUGGUGGUGACGUACAAGUUCCGUCCCCUGGCCGCAACACCUUCCCCUUCCCGCGUGCAGGUGGAGAGACACAGUCUCUUCUACGCGCCAGGGGAACCUCUACUUAUUGACUUCGAACCCCGAAAGUAGCUUUCGCUUAGGUAACCUUGGGGCCUUAUAACUUCCAAAGCAACAGUUACCUAAACUUAAUACUUGGUCAUUGUUUUAAACUCUAUUAGUGCUUUCUGCGGACAAUGAUCCAGUUGUGCUGAAAUGAAGUCUAUCCAAUCUAA